UCGCAUACUCUCAUUCGACUUGAACAAGCCUCUAUCAAAUCGGUCAAGGUAGUUGAGCAGUCAAAUCUCGCGGCAUCAAGCUCAAUGGACUGAUCAGGUAGGGCAUCACGCAGCUUCCAGUCUCACCUCUGAUCGUCUUCAUUCUCGCACUUCUGAACAGCUGAUCUCAUUCACUUGACUUCGGAAGGGAACGCCAGCUACUCGGACUGGUCAUCUGCUCCCAAGUCGCAGCCAUGGAUACCUCGGAGAUCUUCUCGCAGGCGCACGCAAAGGUCAAGGAUGAGCAGUGCCCGCUGCGAGGACUUCGAGAGCACUUUGUUAUCCCAAGCAAAUCAGAUUUGAGUCGAUCGACCGUCGCGGACAGUCUGACCGGGGCCUCUAAUGAGCCAUCGACAUAUUUGUGUGGGAACUCGCUCGGGCUUCAACCACAAUUGACCGCCAAGUAUUUCGAAGAGUACCUGAAGACAUGGCGUCAGAAGGGCGUCUUUGGGCAUUUCAAAGAAGUCUCGGACACACGUCUUCCUCCCUGGCUUCAUGCGGACGAUGAUCUACGCCUGGAUAUGGCAAAUGUGGUCGGCGCUCAUGCGGAGGAAGUGGCGGUGAUGCAGACUUUGACUGCAAAUUUGCAUCUAUUGAUGUGCAGCUUCUAUCAGCCUACGAAAACUCGCAACAAGAUCCUGCUCGAAGGCAGAGCAUUUCCAUCGGAUCAUUUUGUCGUAGAGUCCCAAAUUCACUUUCACGGCUACGAUCCGAAUCGCUCGAUGCUUCUGCUCGAGCCGGAAUCCAGUACGUCUCUGACCUUGAGCACUGAGUACAUUCUCUCCACAAUCGACAAACAUGCCAAUGAGCUAGCACUUGUGCUGUUACCUGGCAUCCAAUACUACACUGGCCAAUUCUUCGACAUCAAAACCAUUACUGCGCACGCACAGGCCAAGGGAAUCGUUGUCGGCUGGGAUCUCGCUCACGCUGCUGGCAAUGUGCCGCUACAGCUCCAUGACUGGAACGUUGACUUCGCGGCCUGGUGUACAUACAAAUAUCUGAACAGCGGACCUGGUAGUAUCGGCGGAUGCUUCGUGCAUGAGCGUCACAGCAAGGUGGAGAGCGCAACGACGGAUGGCAACACUUCCCUCGAGUACCGACCGCGACUUUCCGGCUGGUGGGGCUCCCAAAAGUCGAGUAGAUUCACCAUGGACAACAAGUUUGAGCCCAUACCCGGCGCUGCGGGCUUCCAGGUCUCGAAUCCGUCAGUCGCGGACUGCACAGCCGUACGUGCAAGCUUGGACGUCUUCAAGCAGACAUCGAUGUCGGCACUCCGGGGAAAGAGUCUCAAACUCACAGGCUACCUCGAAAAGCUCCUAGAUCUACUCCUGCAAGAUCAGCAGGCAACAUUGGGCCGACAACUGUUCCACAUCAUCACACCGCGCGACUCGAGCCAACGAGGUGCGCAGCUAUCGGUCAUGUUGCAGCCAGGGUUGCUUGACACAGUCAUGGCGGUCCUCGAGGAGCAUGCUGUUGUGGUAGACGAGAGAAAGCCGGACGUUAUUCGUGUCGCGCCGGCUCCACUUUACAACACCUAUGAGGAUAUCCCCCGUGUCCGCUCGACCCACGUACAGACAAGCAUCAUGACCGGUGGAACAGUCCGCAAGCCUGGAUCAGUGACGGAUUAG